CGGUUUCUCACUUCCGGAGUAAACAACGUGUGCUGGCACCCCGGCCCAUGUGUUAACAACUCGACAACAGGGACAAAACGGGCGUACACACAACAAGAACAAUGAUAGAUAUGUGCGACAUAAUGAACACAAACAUGUUUUCAAUAAAAUCUUGUCGCUUUCAUAUAAUUACCUUUUUCGAAAGGAGUAAUUUAUGAUUACCUGUACAGCCAAACGAAGUGAUGGCGGAUGUCAAGUCCAUUUAUCACACGGGUCCAGUUACGUCCCUGUGUGUUAUCAAAGGAAACGUAGUUGCAGGUAUUGGAAACAGCCUUUACUUGUAUGACUUGGUGGAGAGGCAAUGUAUGUUAAAAUGUGCAGGUGUGAUACUGAGUGGCACUAUUCAUGGAAUCCGGAAAUCUGCAUACAACGAGGCAUUGCUGUGUGCAUUUGGAGGUAAAGUUUUACGAGUGAUAAGAGUUGGAAUGAGCCCUGGGGUGAGAACUUUGGUCCCCCAGGGUGAGGAAUAUUUGGCUGAUGAUUGGAUCUGGGAUGUGUGUUGGCUACAGCAGCAAGGAGAAAAGGACCAGUUGGCGGUGGCCACAGCUCACAAUGUGGUGUUUAGACUCGACCACACGCUGAGAAAGCUAGAACAAGUUGCCUGUGUUGAGAACUGUAUUCUUUACUGUGCCAAAUUUCUAGGUACUUGCUGGGAACACCUUAUCCUUGCAGCAGGGACAGUCUUCAACCAGGUGCUUCUCUGGGCUCCAAAUGGUCAGACAAACACUAGUGGACAGUCAUUGGUCAUCCACAAGCUGGUUGGUCAUCAGGGUGUAAUAUUUUCUAUCGAGUUCAGUGUGACCCGGCGUCAGAUCUGCACUGUGUCUGAUGAUCGCAGUGUGCGGGUCUGGCAGUUAAGGUUCCCCGAGGUAGCAGCAGACAUUGACUGUGCUGGAGUUAUCCCCCUUGAUUGGUGGCACCACUGUCAAAGCACAGAACUGUUUGUGUUGUAUGGACAUUCUGCCAGAGUGUGGGAUGUGAAAAUCCUCACCUCUACUAUUGUCAGCGUAGGAGAGGACUCAACUUGUUGUGUGUGGGACAACCAAGGGAAGAUAACCCAGAGGUUCAAAGGUCAUAAGGGCAAGAGUAUAUGGAGCUUGGCAGUAGAGGAUACAGGAAAAUUUGCUGUGACUGGAGGUGGUGACAGUAGCAUCAGAGUCUGGCAUAUGGAUGAAGCAAAGACGUCCGACCAGUUGGUUUCUCAUGUGUUAGUCCCACCAAAGCAACAGAAUAAGGACACUGAUUUCCCCCGUAUUGUUGCCAUGGUUUCCUGGGAUUGUGUGAUGGUCAUGACCAAUGAGGGGCGACUAUUGUUACACAGCCAGACUGACAGGACCUGGAGCACACUGAUGUCUGAUGUGACCUUCACCUCCUAUACUGUUCUGUCCCUUAGUCCUUACCACACUCACCUUGUUGCCCUUGGCAACAUCACUGGGACGCUUCGCUUAUUGUUUACCAGUCAAUCUGAUACAUCCUGCAGUACAAUGGAUAUGGAGUGGUGUCAGAAAGAUUUUGAUGUACAUACUGGGAAGGUUUACAGUAUUAACUGGAUCUCGGCCACCAGUCUACUGACAAGUGGGCCAGAUGGUAAAAUGAUCUUCUGGGAGUUGAGGCUCUCAUCAAACCAGGCAACCCUACAUAAAAAAUGUAGUCUAGAGUUACCUCCCUGUAAACACCGGUGGGUUUCAGCAGCCACCAUGACCUCUGACCUCUUGGUAUGUGGAGACCGAGGCGGUAGUGUUCAUGUUUACAGCAUGAGGACAUCAUUCAGCCCACAUUCACAGUCACCUGUUCAAACAUUCUACCGGAUUCAUGGGAAAACUUGUGUGACUCACAUCUGCUGCCAUGACAACUAUAUCUACACAGCAGGAAGAGAUGGCACAUAUAAUCAGUAUGAAGUUAAUGAAGAGAAACUGGUUCUUCUCCACAGUAACAAGAUACACAAAGGAUUCGAUUGGUUAGACAGAUUGGAUUUUACUGGUAAAGAUGGAGACCUCCUUGUCUAUGGUUUCCAUUCGAACAACUUCGUGCUGUGGAGUAGUCAGAACAAUCAGAGACUGGUACAGAUACCAUGUGGGGGUGGACACAGAGCCUGGGACAGCCGUAUCCAUGGCAACACUAUCCGAUAUGUGUAUAUCAGGACAGGAGAAGUAGUUUUUUGUGAGACAGAACUCUCUACAAACCAAGUCCUACUCAAGGAAAGUCUACAUGGCAGAGAAAUAACAGAUAUUCUUCAUAUUAGGACUUAUGAUCAAGGUGGCAGCCCUGUACAUGUCAUUGGCACAUGCAGUGAAGAUACCCAGGUCAAUUUUCUGUCACUUACAUACAACCGCUAUGGAGUGAUGAACCUAAAUCAGCUAGCUUCUCUUCAAGGUCACAUCUCCAGUGUCCGUACUCUGGCUGUGUGUGAUUCAGGGUUACCAUGGAAACAGUCAAGUUCUGAAAGGAUUCUGUUGUUUUCUGGGGGAGGUCGAGCACAGCUCCUCAUAUGGAGAGUGACAAUUCCAAAGUCCUCUGGUCUCCAUGGAAAUGCAGAUUUAAUGGCAGACAAUUUUUCACAUGAAACUCUGUGUAAUUACAUGAUGGAUCAUUGGAACAACAGGAACAGGAAACCAUGGAAAGGUCAUGACCUCAAACCGAACCCGGAGACACGCUUCAUGGACCUGGCAGCUGUGAAAGCACAGGAUGUUUGGCCAUUAGCGCCACCUGGUGUCCACGUUCUAAUGGUUGCCUGCUCAGAUGGCUAUGUUAGGUUCUACUGUUUUGAUGAGGAGUUACGGACCCUUACCCUCCUAGGGGAGUCUGUGUUCCAUGACCACUGUGUGCUUCAAGUGCGGAGCAUGAUCCAUUGCGUGCCCGAUAACAGCAGGCAUCUUGUGUGCAUCUCUGCAGCCACCGAUGGACGUGUUGCAUUCUGGGACCUAAAUCACAUCGUCUUACAUUACAUAGAAAAAACUUAUCCCGAAAUAAAAUCUGCUAAUGAAAUGUUGUGUAUAUGUUCCAGUGAAAGAAAAGGACCUAUUGACCAAACUUCAUUAGACAGUGGUAAUGAUUUGAAAAAUAUAUGUGAAGGAGAAAUAUCACUCAAUAAACAUUGUCUUUAUCAUAAACAUUUACAGCCAGAAAGUGUUCCUGGUCAGGGACAAGACAACUCCUGUCAGGAAGAUUGUGAUGACACAAAGGAUAAACAGGGUGGUCAGAGAGGCUCGGUUGAAACCCAACAUUGUAAUAGGACAAAGAAAAUGAUGGCUGCUACCACUUUCAGAGAUACUUUGGAUCCUGUUUUUGUGAUACCGUCACAUCAAUCAGGAGUGAACAGUCUACAUGUCUUCAAAUUAAAUGUCCGGUAUAUGGUAGGGAGUGGGGGAGAUGACAAUGCUCUUAGGGUGUCAAACAUCACCAUGGCAUCCAACAAGGGCAGCAGCCAAUUAGAGAUCACCUUGAACUGGAGUGUGUUGGAAGGAAAUGCCCAUUCUGCCCAGAUUACAGGACUAUGUGUGAUCGAAGACAGACGAGUGUUGACCGCCUCUGUGGACCAGAGGGUGUGUCUAUGGGACGUCUCUACAGAAAUGGUUCCUCAGGUACAACUAGUGUGGUGUAAAUUUGUACAGGUGUCUGACAUUUCCAGUAUGGCUGUGUGGGGCUCCGACAGGCUGAACAUUCUAACUGCUGGUGUGGGCUUAGAAAUGCUGUGUGCUGAGAAAGACAGUCAAGUUGCAGUUUCCUCUCGGUGAAUGCCGUCAUUUUCAGAGAUCUCAGAGACAAGACUCUGUCUUAUACAUGUAAACAUAUACAUGCCAAAUCAUUAGGACAAGGAACAUAGUAAUAUAGCAUGCUUCUGUUAAGUCAUUGAGGUAAUGCUGCAGUACAUUAUCAUAUUGACAAACUACCUUUUCUGUCAAUCCGUGAAUAAAUUUUACAUAAUUUUUAUAA